GAAGUGAUUGCAACAUGCACAGCCCAAAAAUUUCGCUCUGUAAUACAUUGCGCAGCUAGUGCCUUGAUUCUGCGCCGAUGCCGCAUGCAGCCUGACCAGCACUCUCAGUAGCGGAAGAAAUACCGCCCGUGAGGAUGAGGGCGAAAGCGAAGGCGAGGGCCAGCAGCGGCGGCGCGGGAUGCAGACACACACGCGAGAACAGCACCCUCCACCCUUUUUUCUUCCCACCUGGCGAAUCAUGGCAGACCAGCUUUUUUUUGGCAGGCGGCUUAUUCUUGCAGUUUGGGGGUGGGCUAUCGAGGGGGUGGAGCAUGCCCGGCUGUUUACACCCCCGGGGAUGUUGCGGGAGGGGGCCAGGGAGGCGCAAGUUGCCGGGUCGAGUAAAGGUUUUUCUCUUCACUUUAUUUGUAUCGGAGCUUUGCCAUCCCUUCUAACCACCCCCGCUCGAGAGACAACCUGGAGCCUGAGUGGGCUGGAAUCUUUUAAAACCAAAUCGCCCGCUCCCCCCUCGUCUCUGCGGUUUGUGUGCAAUUUUUCUUGUCUAUCACAUACCCUUCACAAAGCCUUCUUUUCCUCCUUCUUGCAAAAGAACUUGUUCCUCCUUGGGGUCUGCAUUACCACCAUCAUACCACACCUCUAUUCAACUCUAGCCCAACCUGCUUCGCGCAUUGGCAUAGCCAUUAUUGAAGAGGACCUCAAAGCUUGACGUGUUCGAAAAGGAACCGACAGACAGGAAUAUACUGCAAAGCUGGUAAGGCUAUUAAAGCACAGACGAGCUUGUAUGAUUGCCGCAAGCUCUCCUUUCGACACCUUUGUUCAUGGUAGAAAAUCCCCAAUCCUCUGGCUUGUGUCACAU